AUGAUGACUUGGGAAGAUAUUGUAACGAAUUAUAAUGAGCAAUACAGGAAAGAAAUUGAUAUAGACAACCAUAUUGUGACUUAUGUUCGGUCCAGAGUGCUAAAAUUGACUUUAGAAAGCAUGCCUUUGAUAGCUUGGAGAUGA